AUGCCGAAGCCUGCGCGCGCUGAGAUCAGCGCGCCCAGGCUUCGCGGACCUCUCCGCGAGCAGCGGCAGCGCUGCCGCUGCUCGCGGAGAGUUGCCGGCAUGCCGAAGCCUGGGCGCGCUGAGAUCAGCGCGCCCAGGCUUCGCGGACCUCUCCGCGAGCAGCGGCAGCGCUGCCGCUGCUCGCGGAGAGUUGCCGGCAUGCCGAAGCCUGCGCGCGCUGAGAUCAGCGCGCCCAGGCUUCGCGGACCUCUCCGCGAGCAGCGGCAGCGCUGCCGCUGCUCGCGGAGAGUUGCCGGCAUGCCGAAGCCUGGGCGCGCUGAGAUCAGCGCGCCCAGGCUUCGCGGACCUCUCCGCGAGCAGCGGCAGCGCUGCCGCUGCUCGCGGAGAGUUGCCGGCAUGCCGAAGCCUGGGCGCGCUGAGAUCAGCGCGCCCAGGCUUCGCGGACCUCUCCGCGAGCAGCGGCAGCGCUGCCGCUGCUCGCGGAGAGUUGCCGGCAUGCCGAAGCCUGGGCGCGCUGAGAUCAGCGCGCCCAGGCUUCGCGGACCUCUCCGCGAGCAGCGGCAGCGCUGCCGCUGCUCGCGGAGAGUUGCCGGCAUGCCGGAGCCUGCGCGCGCUGAGAUCAGCGCGCCCAGGCUCUCGCGGACCUCUCCGCGAGCAGCGGCAGCGCUGCCGCUGCUCGCGGAGAGUUGCCGGCAUGCCGAAGCCUGGGCGCGCUGA